UGUCUUCAAAUCAAUCAUUAUCAAUCAUGUCCGUUGUCCUCGAAUGCCAAAUCAUGUGCGCCCUUCGCCUUCCUUUGGAUCUCCUAUCUAUGUCGACUGGUUGUGGAACGAAGGACAAUUACCUAUUGAAUUCAUGACCAUACAACGACAACAACAUCCUACUCUAUCUACUGACAAUGAUGCGACUCCUUCUAUUCAAAACAACACGAUACGACAAACAUAUCAGGCAUUGGAUAUGGAUUUCAAUUUCCAACAAGGUUAUCGCACCACAGCUCACUUGUUCCGAUAUUCUGAACGCCUUCUGCAAGCAAGGUGUCUAACGGCUCAAGAAAUCCGGUACUAUCAAAAGGAAUGCAAAAUACGAAUACCAGAUCCAUUAUCCAAUAGUACUACCGCAUCAUCAUCAUCAUCAUCAAUGGCUGAACAAAAGGAAUUUGAUCGACGUCAAGAACAACUGCAACAAAAAUGGGAAGAACAGGUUCAAAGUACAGGCAAAGCAACUGGGUCAGGACAACAGCAGCAACAACAAAUAGAUACCGACUGUGGUGGACAUAUCUUCAUUAAUGUUUGUGGAGUGACCGACCUUAUCAUCAAUGAAAAGUGGAUGAUUAUGCAAGGAAACUAGAUACUUUGGUUUGAUGGUUGUAGUCCAUAUGUAUUAUUUUUUUUUUUUGUAUAUAUCGUUAUGUUUAUAGUUUGGUGCAUAUGUAGUUUAUAAUUUUAGUUUAGUUAUUGAAAACAAAUGAAUAAAAAACAAAUUGAAUCUUUUUUUUUUUCAUUCA